AUGGAGGAGAUCGACAAACAGCAGAAUACUAGGAGUGAAGCCCUGCAGAGGGCCCAGUGGCUUAGGGCGGCCAUUCUAGGGGCCAACGAUGGGCUGCUCUCGACGACUUCCCUUAUGCUUGGAGUCGGAGCAGCCAGAGAAGAUCGGCAGUCCAUGGUGCUGUCGGGGCUUGCUGGAGCUCUUGCUGGGGCACUAAGCAUGGCAGUCGGGGAGUUCGUGUCUGUCUCGACUCAGAGGGAUAUAGAAGAGUGUUGGGAUGAGCCAGCUUUAAGCGGUGCUUAUCGAAAGCGUUGUCUAAUGUAUCCCGAUAGUAUGGAGGUACUGAUGAAGGAAAGAAAAUGGUUGUGA